AUGCGUCGACUUAUUUGUGCUGCGCCUGCUCUACUGAGCAUCCUCGUCAGCCAUGUAGCCGCACUACCCGCCCAUGCGCGGGAGGCCACAGUCAUCACGAGACGGGACGACAUUCUCGACGAAUACGACUUCAUCGUGGUUGGGGCUGGGACUGCCGGGCUCACAGUGGCAGACAGGUUGAGCGAAAGCGGCGACUAUACCGUUCUCGUUAUUGAAUACGGCUAUCUGGACAUGUCCCACUCCAUAGAAGCUACUGUACGUCCUGAUAUAGACUCCGGUCCCAGCGAUGAGUUUCCCCGUGCCACGCGCUUCUACAACCUCACGGCAGUCCCGCAGCCCGGACUCGGCUACUCUACUCCGCCUCUCAUGGCCGGUGCCGUCGUCGGUGGCAGCUCCGCCGUAAACGGUAUGUUCUUCAUGAGGGGUUCGGCCGAGGACUACGAUUCGUGGGUCUGGGCCGCCGGUGAAGAACACGAGGAAGCCUUCGCGGAGGAGUGGGGGUGGGAUAACAUCCUCCCCUACUUCAAGAAGAGCGUCACCUUCACUCCGCCGACCGAGGAGAUGGUUCGAGAGUACAAUAUCACGUACGAUGUUGAGGCGGCGUACGGUGGGACGACGCCCAUCCACUCCAGCUACCGCCCUUUCCACUGGCCUGCCACUGUCGCCAUGUGGAACGCCUUCAAGAGAAUUCCCGGCUUCAGGUUCCCCAAAGAGGGAGCAGCUGGCGACCAAACCGGCGUCAUCUGGGCCCCAAAUUCGCGCGACCCUGCCACCGAGCGGAGGUCCUUCUCCAGGCCCGGCCACUACACACAAGAGGAUGGUCCAGCUAGUCGCGACAACUUUCACCUCCUGACCGGCCACCGUGUCACACAGCUCAUCCUCUCCCCUGCCCCGACCCCCGACUCGGACAACUGGAGCGCCGACGGUAUGAGAUACACGCCUCGGGACGGCGACAUGCCCGAAAGCGCCUGGGAGGUUCGCGCCAAGCGCGAGGUCAUCAUCGCUGCCGGGGCUGCCCACACGCCUCAAGUGCUGCAGAGGAGUGGUAUCGGCCCUAGACAGGUCCUUGAGGCCGCGGGGGCAGAGGUCAAGGUGGAGCUUCCGGGCGUCGGCGAGAACUUCCAGGACCACAUGAAUUUUGCCAUCUCGUACAUCAGCAAGUCGUUCAGUCCGAACAGCACCACUUUAAGCAGGGAUCCCGAGUACGCAGCUCAGGCCCUAGAUCUCUGGGAAACGAACAAGACCGGCCCUUAUACGACCUUCGUCAACAGCGCCGUCUUCCUGCCCCUCCCCCAUUUUACCAACCGAACAGAAGAAAUCGUCGGGAAGCUCCUCGCCCAGGACCCGGCAGAGUACCUCCACGAGGGCGUCGACGAAACAGUCAUAGCAGGCUACGUCGAGCAAAAGAAGACGCUAGCCCGCCAAUUCCGCUCCGAAGGCUCCACGCUCCUCGAGGUGCCCUUUUCGGGCGGCUCCAGCUUCAGCAUCGUACUCUGCAAGUCCAUCAGCCGCGGAACCAUCCACCUAUCCCCGGACGACGACGGGGUCGACCCUUCGGGACGCGGCAACGUCGAGCCCCUGGUUGACUACCGGGCCUUCUCCAACCCCUUGGACCUGGACCUCGUGGUCGAACUCCUCAGGGGCACGCGCCAGUUCAUGAGCGCCGACGCCAUGGUCGAGACGUUUGGCCCCGUAGAGACGAGCCCCGGCGCGCAUAUCACGAGCGAUGAGGACCUCAAGGCGUGGAUCGCGAGCAGGAUUAGCCCUAGCACGGGACAUCCUGUCGGGACCGCGUCGCUGGCGCCCCGGGAGCUGGGUGGUGUGGUGGGCCCCGAUCUCAGGGUGUAUGGGACGAGGAAGCUCAGCGUGGCUGAUAACUCUAUCAUGCCUCUUGUUCCCAGCACUCAUACCAGCUCUACUGCUUAUGCCAUUGGCGAGAAGGUGAGUUUCCCUUGA